AUGAGUCAAUACGUCAACGUGCCCAAGUCCGAUCUGGACGAGGCGCAGAUUCGCGAGCUCGAGCAGUACGAGAUCUCUCAGGGGCCGCUGUCUGUGCUCCAGCAGUCGGUGCGCAACCAUACCCAGGUCCUGAUCUCGCUGCGGAACAACAAAAAGCUCCUUGCGCGCGUCAAGGCGUUCGACCGUCACUCGAAUAUGGUGCUGGAGAACGUGAAGGAGAUGUGGACGGAGGUGAAGCCGGUGAACAAGGACCGCUUUAUCUCGAAAAUGUUUUUGCGUGGCGACUCGGUGGUGCUGGUCUUGCGCAACAUUGCGUAA